GCCUGAUUUGAUCCUCAGUCAGGAACGCGUCUUCGGUGCGAGCAGAUCUAUAGGUGGUCGGUGUUUCCGUAAUGCUCCACGAAUAGUUCGAACGAUUAAAUCUGUGAUUCAAUUAGUUACCUUGCUGCUCCUCCACAUCAUCCUUGCACCAUUUAAGGGAGCACAGCUGCUACAUAAUAUACACAGAAAACGAUAACUUAUUGCGAGGAGAAUGGGCGGUAUAACGCAGAGGCCCUGGACACCAACGAAAAGACGAGGUCCCAUCGCGGCAGAAUACACCAGUCCUGGUCCAGCCUGUGUCACCCUGCCACCAUUGAUUGGAAAGACCGUUCCCGACUCGAAGCGAGGCAGAGCUCCGGCCUUCUCUUUCGGAAGCAGGCAUUCUGCCAAAAACGACAGCCCUGGACCAGGUCCCGGACAAUACAACGUUUCCGGGCUCAGCGCGAAAGGGAAGGAUGCAGCGCCUGCAUCGUCGUUGCACGGCCGCAGCAAGUCAUCGCGGCAGGAGACGACGCCGGCGCCUGGCGAUUACAAUCCAGAAAAAGCGGAGAAGAUCAUUCUGGACAGCUCGCCGAAGUACUCUUUCGGCAUUAAAACGCAAACCGAAAAAGUUAGCUGCACACCUGCACCGAGCGACUAUUGCACCGAAAAAGUGAAUCUCGACAAAACCCCCGAGUAUAGUUUCGGCUUAAAGCCGCAGUUGGAGAAACCGAACGAUGCUCCUGCGCCUGGAGCUUAUUGCCCGGAAAAGGUAAGACUGGACAACGCUCCGCAAUUCAGCUUCGGGCUGAGGCCUGCUCUCGAGAAGCCGAAUGACACCCCAGCGCCUGGCACCUACAGCCCGGAGAAGGUGAACUUGAACAAAGGUCCUCAAUACAGCCUCGCGGGUAAAGGACGCGCGGAGAAAGCCCACGACACACCUGCACCAGGUACGUAUUGCCCCGAAAAAGUGAAGCUGGACAGCGCGCCGCAGUUUACGUUUGGACUCAGAACGUCGCUCGAGAAGGUGAACGACACUCCAGCUCCUGGCGCUUACAGUCCAGAGAAGAUUAACUUAGACAGGGGUCCGCAGUACAGCUUAAGCGGUAAGGCUGCGCAUGAGAAACCGGAUGACACACCAGCACCUGGAGCAUACUCCCCUGAGAAGGUAAAUCUUAACAAAUCGCCUGAGUAUAGUUUUGGACUGAGAACUUCGCUCGACAAACCGAACAGCAAUCCAGCACCCGGGGAUUACUGUCCGGAAAGAGUGAACUUAAAUAAGGGUCCGGAAUAUAGUUUAAGUGGUAAGGGCCCAUCUGAGAAACUAAGUGACACCCCAGCACCAGGAACUUAUAGCCCCGAGAAAGUAAAUUUACAUAAGGGUCCGGAGUAUAGUUUGAGUGGUAAGGGCCCAUCUGAGAAACUAAGUGACACCCCAGCACCAGGAACUUAUAGCCCCGAGAAAGUAAAUUUACAUAAGGGUCCGGAGUAUAGUUUGAGUGGUAAGGGCCCAUCUGAGAAACUAAGUGACACCCCAGCACCAGGAGCUUAUAGCCCUGAGAAAGUAAAUUUACAUAAGGGUCCGGAGUAUAGUUUGAGUGGUAAAGGACCCUCUGAGAAACCAAGUGAUACUCCAGCACCAGGAACUUACAGUCCCGAGAAAGUAAACCUAAAUAGAGGUCCACAAUACAGUUUGUCUGGGAAGGGGAAGCCAGAAAAACCGAACGAAAAUCCAGCACCUGGCACAUACAGCCCUGAGAAGGUAAAUUUGGAUCGAGGCCCUCAGUAUAGUUUAUCUGGCAAAGGAUCACCGGAUAAGUUCAAUGAUAAUCCAGCACCAGGGACAUACAGUCCUGAGAAAGUAAAUUUGGACAGAGGUCCUGAGUACAGUUUAUCUGGCAAAGGAUCGCCUGAAAAAAUCAAUGAUAAUCCAGCCCCAGGAACGUAUAGUCCUGAGAAAGUAAAUCUAAAUAAAGGACCCCAAUAUAGCCUAUCCGGGAAAGGGUCGCCAGAAAAGCCCAAUAACAAUCCAGGCCCUGCUGAUUACUAUCCAGAGAAAAUAGUAAAUCUGGAACAUAAACCUUAUUUCAGUUUUGGUAACAGAAAACCAUUGGAUAUACCUAGGGAUACGCCAGCUCCUGGCACUUAUUCUCCAGAAAAAGUCAAUUUAGAUAAGUCUCCAGAGUAUUCGUUUGGCGUGAAGGCAUACGUCGAGAAACCCAAUAAUCUUCCAGCACCUGGAAGUUAUCACCCAGAAAAGGUAAACCUAAACAAAUCUCCACAGUACAGCUUUGGACUCAGGACUAGUGUACAUGAAAAUAAUUCGACACCAGGUCCAGGCGAGUACAGUCCAGAAAAAGCUAUGCUUUUGUUGGAAAAAGCAUUGCGGUUUACAUUUGGUUUUAGGACGAACGUAGACAGACCAAACGAUAUUCCAGCCCCAAACGUUUAUAACAUUCCAUCCACACUCGGUGGGACGAAGGAGGGAAACAAAAAAACAGCACCAGCUUAUUCGAUUUCUGGUAGGCAGAAAGUGUUCACCGACGAUAGAGUUUUGGUCCCCGGACCUGGCACCUAUGAAGCCGUGAAACCGGACGCUGUUAGAGUGAAAAGUCCCGCUUACAGCAUGAGCGCUCGAUUUCAGUUGCCUGACGAUCAUUCGCAAAUCCCAGGACCCGGAGCACAUUGUCCGGAAAAAGUAGUUCUUGAUAUUCCUCCGGCACAUUCAUUUGGCAUUAGACACUCACCAUACAUAUGCAACCUGAAGGACGUUGUUUAUUAACAUAAGUGUCUUACUGGAGCCGAUGUUCGUCAUUAUCCUAUUCUGAGAUAAAGAAUCGCAUAGCAUCGACGUAACAGUAAAUAAUAUCUCAUUCUAAAAGCGGCGAUUUUACGCGCGAGCAAUCAUUUCCCUUUAACGCUUUGCAAAACUGAUUGCAAAACUUGACGCUGCUAACUAAUUAAAUAUGCUAUUGAAACGACGUUUGUACUUUCAUGCAAAACAGUUCAGUAAUAUGACUGUGUGCUAUAAACUGUAAUAAUUGUGUUAGUACGAGUACUAACGAUUGUCCUUUUUACUGUAUGUACGUACUAUGUUUCACAACAUAAAAAUAUGACAAAUAACUUAUGUAACUUUUGUAAUAAAAUUUGCAUUUUCGUGUAACAUGUA